CGUUGAGAUCGUUUAAUGGAACGAUUGCCAAAGGACAUUACAGUAGACCAGAGUAAAAAGGUAUAUCCGAUGGAUAGUCUACAAUCGAUAAUCAUGACGGUCGAUGAAUUGAUAAACAACGAUUCCGAUUUCAUUAUGGAAGAUAACAUAUUGAAAGGCAAAGAAGAAUCUUUAUCUACGGAAUAUACAAAUGUCGGAAAAUUACUGUUAGACAGAUUGAAGGUAAAACCCGACUUUGUUGGUCAGAGUGACACCGAUUCCAUUAAGGAAAGUAAUGUAUUGAAGGGCAAAGAAGAACCUUUAUCUACGGAAUACACUAACAUCGGAAAGUUACUUUUGGACCGAAUGAAAGCUAAACCCGACUUUGUUGGUCAAAUAGACGUUAUCACCGAGGAGACAUAUACAUUUGGCGAUAUGUUAGAUCGAACUGUAAAAUGUGCGCUAUGGUUGCGUCAACAAGGAAUCAAAGCUAACGAUGUGGUCGCCGUAUGCGCACCCAAUAUUAUGGACAGUUUUGCUCCUAUUUUUGCCAGUUUCUGCGUCGCAGCAAUUUUUACUGCGUGGAACGUCGCAAUGGAUAUACGAGAGGCAAGAUAUCUUAUGAAAUUAUCCGGCGCUAAACUUGUUUUUGCGGACAAAAGUGCGGUAGGUAAGAUACUGGAAGCGGCAAAACUCGAGAAUUACGAUAUCAAGGUCGUCGUCUUUGGUAAGGCCUCCAAAGCUUUGCCCUUCUCGAAAGUACUUGAAGGCCAUAGCAAGUCCGACUUGGAGAAUUUUGAAUGUACGAGGAUCGAUAACGUUCAGAAUACUGCAGGACUUCUCUAUUCUUCUGGUACAACCGGUCUACCCAAAGGAGUUGAAAUUUCACAUUUUGCUCUUUUAAGUAAUGCACUCUUACCGGGCGAUUUCAAUACGGAAGGAAUUCCACUCUGGCUGUCACCAUACUUUUGGAUGACUGGAGUAUUAUUAACGUUGAGUUCUGUGGUUAAUUAUUGCAGAAGACUCCUUUAUCCUACAUUUGAAGAGGAGAUGACGUGUAAAAUCAUAGAAAAGUAUAAGGUUACAUGGAUGUUCUUGUCACCUAGCAUGGCGAAUAGAAUAAUAAAAUCGGGAUUUUUUGAGAAGUACAACGUGUCUAGUAUUUCCAAAUUGAAUCUUAGUGGUGCUGUAUUUACGGCAAAAAGUCAAAUUAAACUUAAAGAAUGCUUUCCAAGUGCCGACGUCAUACAAAUUUUUGGAAUGACCGAAUUUUGUGGCAUUAUAACGGCUCAAGAGGCACAUCACAAACCAGGUAGCAUUGGAACGGUACGAAGGAAUGCUCAAAUCAAAAUCAUCGACUUAAAAACUAAAUGCGCAUUGGGUCCAAAUCAGACAGGAGAACUUUUUGGAAAAUCGUUAACUAUGAUGAAGGGUUAUUACAAUAAUCCUCAGGCAACGAAAGAUGCGAUCGAUGAUGAUGGAUGGUUGCAUACUGGUGAUCUUGCGUAUUACAAUGAGAACGGUGAACUUUUCAUCGUCGAUAGAUUGAAGGAGACAAUGAAGUACAGAGGAAUUCAAAUCUCUCCAACCGAAAUUGAGAAUCUUUUGCAAACUCAUCCCGAUGUAAUCGAAGUUGCGGUCGUCGGCAUUCCCCAUAUUCUAGAUGAUGACCAUCCUAUCGCCUUUGUUACCAAAGUUCCCGGUUCGAAGGUGUCUGAACGUGACCUUGAAGAAUUGGUAGCGAAAAAUAUGACAGAUCCGUAUCAUUUACGAGGGGGUGUGAAAUUUUUAGAAAAAAUGCCGCAUACUGCUUCUAGGAAAAUUUCCAGGAAAGAUCUUAAAGCAAUGGCUAAAAGCUAUCAGAUUAUGGCCUGUGAAUUGAUAAAUAGUAACAACGAUUUCAUUAUAAAAGAUAAUAUAUUGAAAGGCAAAGAGGAACUUUUAUCUUCGGAAUACACGAACAUUGGACAAUUACUUUUGGACAGAAUGAAGGCUAAACCUGACUUUAUUGGACAAAUAGACGUUAUCACCGAGGAGACAUAUACAUUUGGCGAUAUGUUAGAUCGAACUGUAAAAUGUGCGCUAUGGUUGCGUCAACAAGGAAUCAAAGCUAACGAUGUGGUCGCCGUAUGCGCACCCAAUAUUAUGGACAGUUUUGCUCCUAUUUUUGCCAGUUUCUGCGUCGCAGCAAUUUUUACUGGAUGGAACGUCGCAAUGGAUAUACGAGAGGCAAGACAUUUUAUAAAAUUGUCUGGUGCAAAAAUAGCAUUUACUGACGAAAGUGCGGUAGGCAUAAUACUGGAAGCGGCAAAACUCGAGAAUUACGAUAUCAAGGUUGUCGUACUUGGUAAGGCUUUGAAUGCUUUGUCCUUUUCGAAAGUACUUGAAGGCCAUAGCAAGUUCGAUGUGGAGAAUUUCGAAUGUGCGCAAAUCGAUAACUUCCAUAAUACAGCUGCACUUCUGUUUUCGUCUGGUACUACUGGCAAUCCUAAAGGAGUUAAAAUCUCGCAUUUCUUUCUAUUGAAUUAUCUACUCUUGCCGAACGAUUUCAAUGUCAUAGGAGUUCCAUUCUGGCUGUCGCAAUACUUUUGGAUUAGUGGAAUUUUGUUAACAUUCAAUUCUGUGGUGAAUUAUAACAGUAGACUACUUUAUCCUGCAUUCGAAGAGGAGAUGGUGUGUAAAAUCAUAGAAAAAUAUAAGGUAACAUGGAUUUUCUUGUCUCCUAGCAUGGCAAAUAGAAUAUUGAAAUCAGGCUAUUUUAAGAAAUACGACGUCUCCAGUAUUACAAAAGUUUAUGUUGGUGGAGCAAUAUUUACCGCAGAAAGUCAAAUUAAGCUCCAGGAAUGCUUGUCAAAUGGCAAUGUCAUACAAAUGUACGGAUUGACUGAAGUUGGCCUUAUAACAGUUCAAAAGCCACAUCACAAAGCAGGUAGCAUUGGAACGGUACGAAGGAAUACUCAAAUCAAAAUCAUCGACUUAAAAUCUAAAUGCGCAUUGGGCCCAAAUCAGACAGGAGAACUUUUUGGAAAAUCGUUAACUAUGAUGAGGGGUUAUCACAAUAAUCCUCAGGCAACGAAAGAUGCGAUCGAUGAUGAUGGAUGGUUCCAUACUGGUGAUCUUGCGUAUUACGACGAGGACGGUGAAUUUUUCAUCGUCGAUAGACUGAAGGAGACAAUGAAGUACAGAGGAAUUCAAAUCUCUCCAACCGAAAUUGAGAAUCUUUUGCAAACUCAUCCCGAUGUACUCGAAGUUGCGGUCGUCGGCAUUCCCCAUAUUCUAGAUGAUGACCAUCCUAUCGCUUUUGUUACCAAAGUUUCCGGUUCGAAGGUGUCUGAACGUGAGCUUCAAGAAUUGGUAGCGAAAAAUAUGACAGAUCCGUAUCAUUUACGAGGGGGUGUGAAAUUUUUAGAAUAUAUGCCUUAUACGGGUUCUAAUAAAAUUUCCAAGAAAGAUCUUAAAGCAAUGGCUAAAAACUAUAGGGCUAUAGAUAUUAAAGUAAGACUGAAUAUAUCUCUAGUUGAAAAUAUACAAUCGACAAACAUGGAUCGUAAAUUGAUAAACAGUAAGACCGAUUUCAUUAAGGAAGGUAAUGUAUUCAAGGGCAAAGAGGUACCUUUUUCUACGGAAUACACGAACAUCGGAAAGUUACUUUUGGACAGAAUGAAAGCUAAGCCCGACUUGAUUGGUCAGAUAGACGUUAUCACCGAAGAGACAUAUACAUUUGGCGAAAUGUUAGAUCGGACUGUAAAAUGUGCACUAUGGUUGCGUCAACAAGGAAUCAAAGCUAACGAUGUGGUCGCCGUAUGCACUCCUUACAUUAUGGACAGUUUUACACCAAUUUUCGCUAGUUUCUGCGUGGGAGCAAUUUUUACAUCCUGGAAUUACUCUACGGACAUAGGAGAGGCAAGGUAUCUUAUGAAAUUAUCAGGUGCAAAAAUUGUUUUUGCGGACGAAAGUUCGGUAGGUACGAUACUGGAAGCGGCAAAACUCGAAAAUCACGAUAUCAAGGUGAUCGUUUUCGGUAAGGCUUCGAAUGCUUUGCCCUUUGCGCAAGUACUCGAAGGUCAUAACAAAUCCGACGUGGAGAAAUUUGAAUGUGCGCAAGUCGCUGACAUUCAAGAUACAGCAGCUAUUCUCUAUACAUCUGGUACAACUGGCCUUCCUAAAGGAGUUAAGAUUUCACAUUCCGCUCUUUUAUGUAAUGUACUCUUACCUAGUUUUAUCAAAGGCGACGUAGUUCCACUUUGGAUGACGCCAUACUUUUGGAUUAGUGGAGUUUUAUUAACCUUGAGCUCUGUGGUGAGCCAUACCAAAAGACUCCUUUAUCCUUCAUUCGAUGAGGAAAUGACGUGUAAAAUUAUAGAAAAGUAUAAGGUUACAUGGGUCUUCAUGUCUCCUAGCAUGGCAAAUAGAUUAAUAAAAUCGGGUUAUUAUAACAAAUACGACGUAUCAAGUGCUAUGUAUCUAUGUAUUAGUGGUUGUAUAUUUAGCGCAAGAAGCCAAGCUAAUCUUCAAGAAUGCUUUCCAAAUGGCCACGUUAUACAAAUAUACGGAAUAACCGAACUUGGCGGCACUGUAACGUCUCAAAAGCUACAUCACAAAGCAGGUAGCGUUGGCGAGAUAGCAAAAAACGUUCAAAUCAAGAUCGUCGAUUCAGAAACUAAAAGUACAUUGGGUCCAAAUAAGAUAGGCGAAAUGUUUAUAAAAUCGUUAAAUAUGAUGAAGGGUUAUUAUAAUAAUCCCCAAGCAACGAAAGAUGCGAUCGAUAAAGAUGGAUGGUUCCAUACUGGUGAUCUUGCGUAUUACGACGAGGACGGUGAAUUUUUCAUCGUCGAUAGACUAAAGGAGACAAUGAAGUACAGAGGAAUUCAUAUCUCUCCAUCCCAAAUUGAGAAACUUUUGCAAACUCAUCCUGAUGUAAUCGAGGUUGCAGUCGUGGGUGUGCCCCAUCUUCUAGACAAUGAGCAUCCCAUGGCAUUUGUUACCAAAGUUCCCGGUUCGAAGGUAUCCGAACGAGAUCUUCAAGAAAUGGUGUCAAAAAACAUGGCAGAUUUCAAUCAUUUACGUGGUGGUGUGAAAUUUUUAGAAAAAAUGCCUUAUACGGGUUCUAGGAAAAUUUCCAGGAAAGACCUUAAAGCAAUGGCUAAAAGUUAUCAAGUCGAAUGAUUAUUUUUAACCAAUUUUUUGAUCACUUAUUUAGAAUGUGAAAUGAAUUGUUUCUUCUAUAAUAUGAUUGAUAUUGCUAUGGGAAAUGUGGUAUAAUAUAUUCAUUCGUUAUUGAUAUAUAAAUAUCAAUGCUCCCCCAUUAAAAUGACGAAAAUCUUCGUAUUUUCCUGUACGUAACGUUACGAUAAAAUAUAUGCGGAUGUGUAUAUUUGUUUUAGACUAUUUAUUUAUUUCUGCUAACCGAUCGCCGAGCAUAUGCGUUACAUAAUCUUUGACAUUGCGAAUAAAAUGACUUGUUAAUGAUAA